UCGGUCCUUCCAUCUGUGUCUGUCGGCUCCGCCUUCCACACAGGCAAAUAACACAGCUACACCUGGGAAUCGCCUCCGGCUCCCCUGUGGCUAGCGCUGACACCGAGAGCGCCCGUGGAAACUCACCACCCACCCCCGGCUCGGCGCAAGGGGACGCGGGCAGAGGGGCGCAGGAGCUGUCAAUAUAUAAAUACUCUUGCAGAUAAGGCAGGCGGCCGCCAGAAGGAACGGGAACAGUUUGGUGGACUAUCCUUCUCUGGAUUAUAAACCCGAUUGAAGGGAAUUUGCGCUGGGAGAUUAUUCAUCGAAUCUUGCGUCACUGACAGCUCGGCAGAGAGAUUCCUCGUUCAACCACAUCUAUUGUAGGAAAGCAUUUCGAUCGGAGAGAAGGGAAGGCCAGCUGUCUGUCCUCCUCGGAUUGUUCCUUCCCCCGCCUUCCACUCCCUCCCCCUUGGUCUUCGGCCCCUCUUGUGCCGGCUAGCAUGGCUUUUAGCCGGGUGGAGAGGCGCCGCUGCCUCUCCCUCUGCCCUCUUCCCUCAUGUUAACCAUGGUCCGUGCGAACGCGUCCUCGGACCGAGACUCCACCGCGCCGAACAUGGACCCCGUCAUCAUCCCCAUCGACGCCGAGAUGAUCUGCGACAGUAAUGACCAGCGCAUGUGGUGGGCCUUCCUCGCCUCGUCUAUGGUCACCUUCUUCGGGGGGCUCUUCAUCAUCCUGGUGUGGAGGACCAUCCAGUACCUGUGGGCGGUCUGCUGUCACUGCGGCCUCAAGAACAAGGAUGCGCAGAAAAUCGGUGGUACAGCCAGUCAGCCGGACGACGCCCUCCACGACCCGGAUGAGAAGGAGGAAGUACCGCAGGGGGAGGUGGGCUGGAUGACCUCUGUAAAGGACUGGGCCGGAGUCAUGAUAUCUGCCCAGACCCUCACCGGCCGAGUUCUCGUGGUCUUGGUGUUUGCCCUCAGCAUUGGUGCACUUGUAAUAUACUUCAUAGAUUCUUCAGACCCAAUAGAAUCCUGCCAGAAUUUCUACGAUGAUUUCACAUUACAGAUUGACAUGGCAUUCAACGUGUUCUUCCUCCUGUACUUCGGACUGCGGUUUAUUGCAGCCAAUGAUAAGCUGUGGUUCUGGCUGGAAGUGAAUUCAGUGGUGGAUUUUUUCACUGUUCCACCCGUCUUUGUCUCCGUGUACUUGAGCAGAAGCUGGCUGGGUUUACGAUUUUUAAGAGCGCUGCGAUUGAUACAGUUCUCAGAAAUUUUACAGUUUCUAAAUAUCCUAAAAACAAGUAACUCCAUCAAGUUGGUGAAUCUACUCUCUAUAUUUAUAAGCACAUGGCUAACAGGAGCUGGCUUCAUACACUUGGUGGAGAACUCAGGAGAUCCUUGGGAAAAUUUCCAGAACUCCCAGCCGCUGACUUACUGGGAAUGCGUCUACUUGCUGAUGGUCACCAUGUCAACCGUCGGAUAUGGGGAUGUUUACGCAAGGACCACUCUUGGGCGCCUUUUCAUGGUCUUCUUCAUCCUCGGGGGUUUGGCCAUGUUUGCAAGCUACGUCCCUGAAAUCAUAGAGUUAAUAGGGAACCGCAAGAAAUAUGGUGGUACCUAUAGUGCGGUAAAUGGAAGAAAGCACAUAGUGGUGUGUGGGCACAUCACCCUGGAGAGUGUGUCCAACUUUCUAAAAGACUUCUUGCACAAAGACAGGGAUGAUGUGAAUGUAGAAAUUGUCUUUCUGCACAACAUUUCCCCUAACCUUGAGCUUGAAGCCCUUUUUAAAAGACAUUUCACUCAGGUGGAAUUCUUCCAAGGUUCUGUUCUGAAUCCACAUGAUCUCGCCAGAGUCAAGAUAGAGUCAUCAGAUGCUUGCUUAAUUCUGGCCAACAAGUACUGUCCUGAUCCUGAUGCUGAAGAUGCUUCGAACAUCAUGAGGGUAAUAUCUAUCAAAAAUUAUAAUCCAAAGAUAAGAAUUAUUACACAGAUGCUACAAUAUCAUAACAAGGCUCAUCUGCUGAACAUACCCAGCUGGAACUGGAGGGAGGGUGAUGAUGCAAUCUGCCUGGCGGAACUGAAGCUGGGCUUCAUAGCUCAGAGUUGCCUGGCUCCAGGCCUCUCUACGAUGCUGGCCAACCUCUUCUCCAUGAGGUCAUUUGUCAAGAUUGAGGAGGAUACCUGGCAGAAAUACUACCUGGAAGGUGUGGCAAAUGAGAUGUACACAGAAUACCUGUCCAGUGCCUUCAUAGGGUUGUCGUUCCCAGCAGUUUGUGAGUUGUGCUUUGUGAAGCUGAAGCUCUUACUGUUGGCCAUAGAAUACAAAUCAGACACGAGGGAAAGCAGCAUACUAAUCAAUCCUGGAAACCACAUCAGGAUCCAUGAAGGCACAUUGGGUUUCUUCAUUGCAAGUGACGCUAAAGAAGUGAAAAGGGCCUUUUUCUACUGUAAGGCUUGUCAUGAUGACAUCACAGACACAAAAAGGAUUAAGAAAUGUGGCUGUAAACGACUGAUAUAUUCCAAGAUGUCCAUCUACAAGAGAAUGAAACUCGCAUGUUGUUUUGAUUGCGGACGCUCUGAGCGCGACUGCACUUGCAUGUCAGACAGUGUACAUAGUAACUUGGACACCCUUGAGAGAACCUUCCCACUUUCUUCUGUCUCUGUUAAUGAUUGCUCCACCAGUUUGCGUGCCUCAAGAUAUGGCUAUAACGGAUAUCUCAGCUCAAUUCAAGAUGAAAACCCAACAGCGCUGUCUCCCAAAAAGAAACAGCGAAAUGGAGGCAUGCGAAAUUCACCCAACAGUUCUCCCAAGCUGAUGAGGCAUGACCCUCUGUCACUCCCCGGGAAUGACCAGAUCGAAGAGAAAGACUCAAGUGUGAAGCGAUACGAUUCCACUGGCAUGUUUCACUGGUGCCCGGCCAAAGAAAUGGAGAAGGUCAUCUUGACCCGGAGUGAAGCUGCUAUGACAGUAUUAAGCGGUCACGUGGUUGUGUGCAUCUUUGGGGACAUGAACUCUGCCUUGGUUGGCUUACGAAACCUCGUCAUGCCUUUACGGGCCAGCAAUUUCCAUUACCAUGAACUGAAGCACAUUGUUUUUGUCGGGACACUGGAAUAUCUGACGAGAGAGUGGGAGACCCUUCACAACUUCCCCAAAGUCUCGAUAUUGCCGGGUACGCCAUUAUGUCGAGCUGAUUUAAGAGCUGUCAACAUCAACCUCUGCGACAUGUGUGUUAUUUUAUCAGCCAAUCAGAACAAUAUCGACGAUUGUUCGCUCCAAGACAAAGAAUGCAUCUUGGCGUCACUCAACAUCAAGUCUAUGCAGUUUGAUGACAGCAUAGGGGUCUUACAAGCUAAUUCCCAAGGAUUCACACCUCCAGGGAUGGACAGAACAUCACCAGACAACAGUCCCGUCCACGGACUGGUCCGACAGACCUGCAUCACCACAGGAGCCAACAUCCCAAUGAUGACUGAGCUAGUUAAACCUGGCAAAUUGCUCCCUUUGGUUUCAUUCAGUCAGGAAAAAAACACUGGAGCCAACAUCCCAAUGAUAACUGAGCUGGUGAAUGACUCCAACGUUCAAUUCUUGGACCAAGAUGAUGAUGAUGAUCCAGAUACCGAGUUGUACCUGACGCAGCCAUUUGCAUGUGGGACCGCAUUUGCUGUCAGUGUGUUAGACUCUCUAAUGAGUGCGACAUACUUCAACGACAAUAUCCUGACUCUGAUACGGACAUUAGUGACGGGGGGAGCCACACCGGAGCUGGAGUCAAUGCUUGCUGAAGAAAAUGCCUUGCGAGGUGGCUACAGCACUCCGCAGACACUGGCAAACAGGGAUAGGUGUCGGGUGGCGCAGCUGGCUCUGUACGAUGGCCCCUUUGCAGACCUUGGGGAUGGUGGCUGCUAUGGAGACCUGUUCUGCAAGGCCUUGAAAACCUAUAACAUGCUGUGCUUUGGAAUUUACCGACUGCGAGACGCACAUAUGCGUACACAAAGUCAGUGUACCAAGCGAUAUGUAAUCGCAAAUCCACCCUAUGAGUUUGAACUUGUCUCAACGGAUGUGAUCUUCUGCCUGAUGCAAUUUGACCACAAUGCUGGCCAGUCUCGUGGCAGCGUAUCGCACUCGUCUCAUUCCUCACACUCUUCCAGUAAGAAAAGCUCGUCUGUGCACUCAGCCCCAUCUUCCACCAACCGUCCAAACCGCAACAAGGCAAGGGAUCCCCGGGAAAAGCAGAAUGCUACAAGGAUGACUAGAAUGAGCCAAGAAAAGAAAUGGUUUACAGAUGAAACUGACAACGCCUUCCCCAGGAACAUUCAGAUAAAACCACUGAGCGGUCACAUGGCUAAUCAAAUCAAUCAGUACAAAUCCACCAGCAGUUUGAUCCCACCCAUAAGAGAGGUAGAAGACGAAUGUUGAUACCUGUACAAACUCUAAACUGAGAGGGAGACCUAGUGAAGCACCUUUAACCGGAUGCUGGCUUUGACACUCCAUGGAGCUUGGCGUUACAGCAGUUGAAGGAUUAUACAUGUCACUCCACCAAGAAGCAGCAGCUCUCUACUGUUGAACAUUAUCUGCUUGUCCAGCAUGGAAUCACAGGUUUUAUUGAAUGGUUUCACUGAUAACUUGAAGACAAUCGAUGCAGACUGAAUAUUAUGGCCAGUUAAGAUUAGAAGGUCUUUAUUUUAUAAUGCAAAACGUUGUCGUUUCCUACUUUGUAACUUCUUUCUUUCUGUGACCAGUCUCGGAUUUUGUUUCCCUUCGGAGGAUGAAGUCUGCAAAAAAAAACAAAUUAUUAGUUAAAUGUACACAAUCCCUCAAUAAACAAAACAAUAAAGCCAGUAUACUUCUGCAGUGAGGCUUCCAUUGUGGUCUGAUGACUAGCAUGUGAAUGCUUUCAGAAUAUAAGCUGUUAUCUGUCCUGUGUUCAGAUAGGGCAUAGAGCAAGUCCUGUUUUACAAAUUGUUCAACAAUAUGGCACUGCCCAUUAUUCAGUUUUCCAUCCCUGAAUUACUUUUCCCUGCUUGGCUAAGAUUCUGAAGGGCUUGGCAUACGGUCUCCUGUGGAAGAGAACAUUACCAGCCAAGUGCUAUUUUACUGUAAUCAUCGACCAUCUUCUUGGUUUAUAAAUUCUUUUAAAAUGGGAAUUUUGAGACACAAAUUAGUUAAUAUUAUAGAAUAAAUUGUAUGUUGCAGUAUAUUCUGGGAGGAGAAGAUAUUAAUGUUAAUUCAAUGAUGUAGAAAACAAUAUUGCAGUUGACAAACCAAAGUAAGCUUGCCUAGAGUCUUAACCUAGUUCAUAAUCUAAAGCUGUUCUUACUGACCUGAUAAACUCAGUGUCUUAACUCUUAGCGGGACAGCCCACCACACCCCUUGCCCCCCUCACAGAGCUGAUAGCCAUCACAAGAAGAUAGCUGACAAAGACUCCUGCAGACUAACAUAAAGGGAGAGGAAAAGAAACACACUGGGCACCCUCACUCUUUGUACCCACAUCUUGCUGUGAUGAUCCCACAAGUUUAGAUUCAGUCUUUAGGUAAAUUUAUAUCUCAGCUUCACUGUCUGUUCUGUGACUGCAACACUGAACACAUCCAUACUGCAACCAGAUAACACCUUGUUCUGGAGUGAUUUUCGAAUUGUGAUUACUUUGUUGUUAUAUUUUGUAGGCAGUAGAGUGAAAGAAUUGUGAAUAAAAUAUAAUACUAUUAAUUGGAUUGUUAAUAAGGAAAGCUUGCUAACCUGUUUUAAUCUUCAGCAUCUACCAUUCAAGUUUGACUCUUUCAUGCUGCCUGAAGUUGGGAAUUAAGUGGAUUAAAACCCAACAAAAAUGAAAAGCUAACUUUACUGCUCUUACCGAUAAAAUAUGCAUCUUUAUCAUUAUUUGGCAUGUUUUAGGUUUUGCAUUUGCACAACUUUCUUUCUUUAAAUUUCGUUCCUGAACUCUGUGUCGUUCUUGUUGCUCAAGCGCUCCCCACAGUCUUGCUGUGCAGACGGAGAAUCACUGAAAAGGCUCCUGCGUCCUCCUUAAUUUUUACUUUUGGUUUGCAUUUUUUUUAAGUGAGUUUCCUUUCGCUAGGAAAUUAGAAAGGAUGAAUAUGGCGGUGCUCAGACUUGACUGACCUGGCAAUGUCAUAUCUGAUACCUGGUGAUAAUAUUUUGUCUUGUACAAAAAGAGUUUGUACAUAUAUUGUACAUGGUUUCAUUUUAUAUCUUUUCUCAAAUUAAAACUGUUGUAUUUGU